UAUGACCUGUCCCCUCCCUUCCCUCUGUAAUUCUAUCUUUGAGUGCUAGGAGAGACACAGAGAGUGAAGCCAACCAUGGCUUCGUCGUCAUUUUUGUCUCUCAGCGACCCUCGACUCCUCAUUUCCCCCACUGUUUCAGGCGCUGGAAAAUCCGAAAACCCUCAAAAGAAGUUAAAAUUUGUGUUUGGUGGGAGACCCUCUUGGAAUUUUACCUGCAAUCGCUCUCUUUCUUCUUCUUCUCCUUUGUCUUCCUCACCAUUUCAAGUUCUUCAGAAAUCUGUUCCAUUGGCUGCUUCAGUUGCGAUUCUUCUCUGGUCAAACCCAGCAAAUGCCGGAUUUCUGUCGGGGUUCCCUGGGAUAGAAUCAGUCCCUGGUCCUGAACUACCUCAGAUUGAUUUCCUCAAUCGAUUUAAUGAAGAAAAUCAGAAGAAAUAUGCAGAAUUUGAUGCAAGAUUCAAGUCAUCCCCACUCCUUGAGAAGCUAUUGGAGAAAUCCAAGUUGAAUAAAGAGAAGAAUAAGCUAGAGAUCCAAGACAAGUAUUGCUUGCGUGGUGCAGAGUGGGGAGUGGGAGAUUGCUCCACAGAGGGUAUGACACAGGAGGAGAAAGAUAACUUCAUUGCUAUGUUGAAGGAGAAAACUGGAGCCAAAUGAAUGAAAUCUAAUGUUCAGAGUUUCCAGCCUCUGCAAUUGCAGAGAUGAUUCAACUAUUUUGAUCCUUGAUAAAGAACAAAAGAGGGAUGGACCCAUGCAUGAUUGUAGGUUACAAACUGCAGAGUUACAACAUUUAAGUAGGAUGAAAAAUUUGUGUUUAAUGGUAAAAUAUUUAUAAAUAAAUUGUCUUACAUAUGGAUGUCAA